AGAAGCUCUAAGUUCAUCCUCCAUUGCUGCAAAACGAGCUCAAGCAAGGUUGGUCCAAGGAAGAGGAUUGAAGAAGGAAAAAGUUAGGAAAAGUGAGAAGGAUUACGGAACUUGUCUAAGGUAUUCCUAGAGCUUUCACGGAGUUGAAAGAGUCGCCGGAAUAAUCACCGGAGCUAGACAAAGUUCGCCGGAGUUUCGCCGGAGUUCAAUCGGGAGGGUAUAACUUCUUAAAGGUGUCACUAAGGAUAGCUGCACAUUGUAGUAGAAUUAUGAUUGAGGAAGAGGAGGAUAGGGGCUUGAUUCUUGAAUGAGAUAUGGAGGGAGGCGAUGACGAGAUAGAUAUGGCACAUGUGGUUCAACCUAGCUUUUCUGAGUCUCCAAUUACUCCUCCUCCUCCCGAACCACUACUUCAUUGCAGGAGAAAGUCAGCGUUUGACCGCAUCUACUUUACGGUGGCUGCAUCUCCUUCGGCCCAAUUCUGCUCUGCUGAGUUUCCUUUGUUAGUUGCUCGUCAAAUCAAUUCUCUCUUCCUGGUGACUGAUGAUGUCGUGAUUCUUGAUUUAAUUUAUUUCUUUUCUAGUUUGGACAACUUGUUUUCUUCAAUUACCUUUUGAGUAGCAAGUUCAGUAGUGUUGUUAGAUUAUACUACAUAGUUACGAGAUUAGCGAAUUUGUUUGGUCCUUGGAGGCCAUCUAAUUCUAUAUCUCAUGCCAGUGUAGAAUCGAG